ACUCUGGAAGGUACAGAUCCUGCUGUUUCACACCUGACGGAGGCCUCAUUCAGGCACAAAACCUCAUGAUGGGGACACACUGGUUUACUGAUGGGAUCCAGGGAUGUGACUGCAGAAGCCCCCUGCUGAAGCAUGUCACAAGUGAAGUGAAAGUCACUCAGUCCAACUCUUUGCAACUCCAUAGACUAUAGUCCAUGGAGUUCUCCAGCCAGAAUACUGGAGUGGGUAGCCUUUCCCUUCUCCAGGGGAUCUUCCCAACCUGGGGAUUGAACCCAGGUCUCCUGCAUUGCAGGUGGAUUCUUUACCAGCUGAGCCACAAGGGAAGCCCAAGAAUACUGGAGUGGGAGCUUAUCCCUUCUCCAGCAUCUGACAAAUACCUCUGUCCUUCAUUCCCCCUGACAAAUGAAUGACUUCUCAGCUUUUUAUCAGCAGGAAUUAUGAGCCAGGCAUUUUAUGCUAUUGGUCCCUUUAGUUAUCAUAUCUCCAUGAGUCAAUAUCCCCUUCCUCAUUUUCUAGGCGAGACGUUUGAGGAGUGAUUAAAUUCGCUCGAGGUCUCAUGGCUGUAACAGGCAGAAGGCAGUCUGCAUACCUCUGAAUAUUUUCAGGCUCUUUACUAAAGAGAUUCGUCACAGAAAAUAGUCCCCACAUCUGACACAACAGAGCAAGCAGCUCGGUGUACACGUGCAUGUGUGUACACACACAUGUGUGUAUACGCACACUUGUGUGUGGAAUCACACAUGUCAGGUACUCAAUAAUGCUCACUUUUUACAAGAGGAGACCACUGCCCAACUCCCAGACCUUGGUGGGUCCAGCAGACAGGUCAAAACAGGGGCUGAGGGGUGACAGUGGGCGCAGGGAAAGAAGUUAACGGGCAACUGGAGAUGUCCAGGGAGGAGCUAGGACCAGGUGGCAGAGGCAAGGGUAAUGGAGGCAUUCUGAAGAGGUCAACUCCACAUGGUGAACGAAAGUGAGGGGUGUCAGUGGCGCUGCCCUGGACAUGCCUGUGCAAAGACGGGCAACCAGAGAAAGAGGGUUGUGCAGAGCAACUCCUAGCAACGUUGGACAGAGGUUGAGUUGUCUGGGCACUAACAUCCAAGGGAACUACUGAAGGUGCCUAUGGAUACUUGGUCUGGAAUCAGCAUGAAGUUCUGGAUCACAGCUCUCCCAGAGGGACGGGCAAGGACACUAGGGCAGGAUGGAGGUGAGACAGGUUUGAAACCAGGCGUUUACUCCAGACCUAUCAACUUGAGGCACCUGCUGUUUGCCAAUAAUUCUCCAGGUCUCAGUCUCCUCAUCUUUAAAAUUUCUCUGAAGAUUAAUUUUGAUCAUAAAAGCAAAAGUGUUUUGCAGUUUAUGAGUUCUGAUCUAAAUACACAUAGCCUUUUGUAAUUCUAAAACCUCAAAUUGUACAGGAUAUGACAAUAAUUAGCAACAAGUAAUCAUCGCAACUUCCCCCCAACUUUUUUUCUGUAGACAUAAAAUAAUUAUACUUCUCUUUUCUUUCUGAAUCAGUGUCUGUUGACCUUCACUGACCUUGGAGUGACUUGGGGAACUUUACAAAAAAUGGAUGCCAGGGAUUCCUCUUUAAGGAGUCUAAUUUCAUCAGCCUUGAAAAUGUACUAGGUGUCAGGAUUUUUAAGUUCCUCCUGUGAUUCUAAAGUGCAAGCCAAGGUGUAAGGUGAGAGUUCAGAGGGAAAGAUGAACCCCAGUGACUGAAAAAGACAGGGUUACAGGAACUCUCUCCAUUCACUUCUCCUCGAGAAGUGCAAGAUGAACUUCCAUCCCACGUGCACUCAAGUUCAACAUCAUUUACCUUUGUGAUGAAUCUGCUGCUAUCUUGAUACAGUGUCAAGGAGGAACCAGAUCGUGCAGUGGAGGUUUUCUCAUCAGGGGAAGAAGGUGCUACCCCUCAAAGCAUCACCUAUUCAAAACAAUAGCAACAGCAACGCUGAUAUCACUGGACUGUAUGUAAAGGUGUCUGGUACUGUUCUAAGCUUUAUAGGUACAUACACAGUAUGCUACACCUAAGACUGGGGACUAUUGUCACUCCCACUUCAUAGAUAAGACCGUGGCACAAAAGGUUUUUUGGAUGUAUACCCAAAGCUUCUAUGAACAUCCAUGUACAGGCUCUUUGAGAACAGACAAAAAUCCUUCUCUGGAAUAAAUACCCACGAGUUCAAUUGCUGGGUCAUAUGAAUCCCCAUGGACAGAGGAGCCUGGUGGGCGACAGUCUAUGGUGUUGCAUGAAGUCAGACACGACUAAGCGACUAAGCACAGGUCAGUCCAUGACAUGAAAACCAAGUCUGGGAAAGACUGAACAACAAGCCUAUGAUCUCACAGCUGGAAGUGGCACAGCUGAGGCUCAAACCUAAGUCAGUCUGAUCUCAAAGUCUGCAAGUGCUGUUGAAGCUGGUAAUUUCAUGCUUCCAAAAUGGGACAUAAAGUGGUCGUAUUCGACAUUUCCGUCGUCAGAGCCUUGUGGGAAACUCGUGUCAAGAAGCACAAAGCCUGGCAGAAGAAGGAGGCAGAAAGGCUUGAGAAAAGUGCUUUGGAAAAGAUAAAGGAGGAGUGGAACUUCGUGGCCGAGUGCCGGAGGAAAGGUAUUCCCCAGGCCGAGUACUGCAAGAACGGCUUCGUAGACACCAGCGUGAGGCUGCUGGAACGGAUCGAAAGGCGCUCUCUCGCUGCGCAGAGCGCGCUUUCCAAGGAGAGAGACAAACGGAGCAGUGAGUUUGUGUUUGAACUUUCCGGCGAUCACUGGAAGGAGUUCCCAGAUUCUUUGAAGGAGCAGACGCAUCUGAAAGAAUGGCACAUCAGCAAUACUCUGAUUCAAAUCAUUCCUAAGUAUAUAGAACUGUUUCAAGCCAUGAGGAUUCUGGAUCUGCCAAAAAACCAGAUCUCCCGUCUUCCAGCUGAAAUCGGUUGUUUGAAGAACCUCAAGGAACUCAACGUGAGUUUCAACCGUCUGAAGAGCAUUCCUCCAGAACUGGGAGACUGUGAAAAUCUAGAGAAACUGGAUUGUUCUGGAAAUCUAGAAUUAACCGAGCUCCCUUUUGAAUUAAGUAAUUUGAAGCAAGUUUCAUUCGUAGAUAUCUCAGCAAACAAGUUUGCCAGUGUCCCGAUCUGUGUCCUGCGGAUGUCUAAUUUGCAGUGGUUGGAUAUCAGCAACAAUAACUUGAAUGACCUGCCACAAGACAUAGACAGGCUAGAAGGACUGCAGACCUUUCUCCUAUACAAGAACAAGCUCACCUAUCUUCCUUAUGCCUUGCUUAACCUAAAGAAGCUCACCUUGUUAGUCGUCAGUGGGGACCACUUGGUGGAGCUCCCAACAGCCCUCUGUGACUCCUCCACACCUUUAAAAUUUGUAAGUCUUAAGGACAAUCCUCUUGAGAACACCCAGUGUCAAGAUGGUGAUGAAAUGAUGGAGAGUGAACGAGAUCGCCAACAUUUUGAUAAAGAAUUUAUGAAAGCCUAUAUUGAAGAUCUUAAAGAAAGAGAUUCUGUUCCCAGCUAUACCACUAAAGUAUCUUUCAGCCUUCAGCUUUGAUGCCAUCCAUCAGAAGACUCAGAAUCUUCCUGACCUGUGGAGCUAUAAAUCUUCCUGUUGUGGGUUGUCAUAGAGGAAUAAUGGCUUGGGCUUAACGGCAAAGUCUAGAAACCACUGUCAUAGUUGUUAGGAAAAAUGAUUUUCAAAUUUCAAAUAUGUGAAUACCUCUCUCUGUGGACUGGAGAAUCGAUAAAUGAGUUUAUAUAUUGAUAUUUAAAGGUUCAUUUGCAUUUACUUGUUUCCAAAUAAUACACAUUUCAUGUUUUAGAAAAUGUGUUAUUUUUUUAAAAUUAUCACUUAAAAAACCAAAUUUUGAAGUUGACUGCAUUGUUUUCAGAGAUCCAGGGAUAAAGGGGUGUUGAAAAGAGUAUUUAUAUUGAACUAAUCAGAUGAGAGUUAAUUUUGUUAUUUUGAAAGAGUUUUGAUGCAUCAUUUCUUUUACUGAGGAUGUUUUCCUUGGGUUUAUACAAAUUGCUAUUUUCGUAUGUUUUAAGUUGUAUUUUACCAAGUUUAGGCUUUCAGGAAAGACUUUAGGUAUAAUCUGGGCCUUGAAGGUAGAAAGACGGGCUGGGUUGUCUGCCCAGGCACUGGACUCAGACGGUGCCCUGGUGGCUCUAGUGGAGGAUGUGUGGGCCUGGCUGAUCAUGGGAAGCCUGGUGGGGCCUACAUGGAUGGUCAGCCUGCCACAAGUGGGCCUCCUGGGGGUUCCAGGGAGCAUGCCAGAGCACGGAGCAGAGGCAUUGCCUCCAGGGACCCAUCCUCCAAGACGGUCACAUGAGGUAGCAGGAAUGACCAGUCCACACUGGUGAGGAGUCCCUCGCAAGGCUUCCCUGCGGGUGCCUCGGGAAGGCUUUGCUCACCGGUGAGCCACUGUGGUCCAGAGAGAGCAGAGGAGACUGAGUUUCCAUUGGCAAAGAAGGAAUUCAUUAGAGGGCUUUGAACUUUGGUAUCACAUGAUAGGAUUUGGAGAAAUUAUACAGAUAUCUAUUUUUAUACUAUUAUCUGGGGCUAAAAUAAACAAGAUUGUGAAUAUGUUGAAGGUAAGUUUAAACAAGUAACUUUUGUGACUAAGAUGGAAAAAUUGCAUAUAUUCGUAUAUGUUUAUAUCAAUCCACUCCUGUGUGGUCUAGCCGAGCGCUGUCCAAUAGAACUUUCUGCUGUGAAGGAAGCGCUCUGCGUCUGUGCUGUCUACUUUAGUAACUGACAGAUGUAUGUGCUUCUUGGGCUCUUGAACAAUGUCUGGUGUGACUGAAGAAGAAAUUUUUAAUUACAUUUAAAUUGAAAUAGUCAAAGGUAACUACCAUGUUGGACAGUACAAGUCAAGUCAGCUGGGUUUUUCAGAAGUUAAUCGGGACUAGAAGUGAGCAAGUUUUAUUUCUUUAUCUGAAGAACCAAAGUGGUUAAUACUGACACUCAAUAUUUUGUCUUCAUAGGUUUAAUCACACUUCUAAAUAUUUUAUCCUCAACAGAUAUAAAGCAGGCAGAACAGUCUAAAGCCAUAGAGUAACAGUUCCAUAGAGCAUUGCUUCAACUUAAAGGCAAACUCUGAGAGGUAGGGUAAGAGAUGAAAAGAGUAGGAGACUCUCUUUUCUCAAUUAAAUGAGAAGUCACUUUAAUUGAACCUCAAACAGUUGUGUUUUUAUUUAUAGCACUUUAAAAAUAUAAUGCAAAUUUAUCAGUUGUACUAUGUGAAUGACUCUGGGAUUUUAUUUCACGCCACAGUAUAUGUUACAUAACAGCCAAAUGGGAAAUAUAUCUCAAAGGGUGGGAAAUGAGGGCUGUCACAUAAAUUGACUGUCCAUAACUCAUGUAAAAUUUAUUUCAAUAAAACCAGUCUUGUGCAAGAAAACCCCUUAUAUUGAUGUUACAUAAAAAUAACUGAAAAAGUAUUGAAUACAGUGAUAUGUAAUUAUUUCAUGUUACAUAAUAUCCCAUAAUGUUUAUUAUGUUUAAUAAUACAACUAAAGAAAGAUAGACUAAAUAUGAGGCUUAUAGAAAUACUCUUUACUCAUAUAAAUGUAAAAAUGCAGAAAGAUUCUAAAGUAGAGUAAGCAUCUUAGUGGAAAUAAGAGAGAUCUGAACAUUUUACAUGAUGCAUAUGGAUUGACUCAUAAUUUGGAAAAGUGAUUUAUGUAGACUAUAGGUAUGAAUAUUAAAGCAAUAUGAAUGAAAGAAAAUAUAAUUCUUGGGAGAAAAAUGUUCUGGUUCCAAAAGUGUAUUAUGAUGCCCAUUUUUCAUAUGUUGAAAGUAAAGGGGUAAAGACACUUGGUGAAAUCAUUGAGUAGUGCGUUUUCAUUAACAACAAGACCUACACUCGAUUCCUUGACUUUAGCUGUCUGGAAUGACCGUUUGACAUGCUUGCCAAACACCAGUUUAGGGUAACUCAGGGCUGUGAGGAGUCAUCUCUAGACAUUGGUUACUGUCUUUCCCUCCUAUCCCUUCCUGCCUUGGUGCACCUCCCUACUUUUGAGUGGAAAGAAAACUUAGAUCUUUGAGUGAUUUUUUUUUAAUUGAAGCGUAGUUGACAUAUGAUGUUGUGUUAGUUAUAGGUGUAUAGCAAAGUGAUUCAGUUAUACAUGUGUUCAUUCUUUUUCAGAUUCUUUAUAGCUUAUUACAGAAUAUUGAGUAGAGUUCCUGUGUUCUACGGUAGGUUAUCUUUCAUAUAGUGUCUGUAUGUUAACCCCAAGCUGCUAAUUUAUCCCUCCCCCCACAUUUCCCCUUUGGUAACUGAAAGUUUGGUUUUGAAACCUGCAGAGUCUGUUUCUGUUUCAUAAAGAAGUUCAUUUGUAUUAUUUUUAAAAAUUAGAUUCCACAUAUGAGUGAUAUAUGUGAUAUUUGCCUUUCUGUCUGACUUAGUUCUCUUAGUUUGAUGAUCUCUAGGUCCAUCCAUGUUGCUGCAAAUGGCAUUAUUUCAUUCUUUUUUUUAUGGCUGAGUAAUAUUUCAUUGUAUACACAUACCACAUGUUUAUACUUUCCUUUGUCAAUGGACAUUUAGAUUGCUUCCAUGUCUUGGGUAUUAUAAAUAGUUCUCCUGUGCGCAUUGGGGUGCAUGUAUCUUUUAGAAAUAUGUUUUACAUCAGAUAUAUGUCCAGGAAUGGGAUUGCUGGAUCAUAUGGUAGCUCUAUUUUUAAUUUUUUAGGGAAACACCAUACUGUUUUCCAGCUUUCCUGGUGGUUCAGUGGUAAAGAAUCUGCCUGCCAACGCAGGAGAUGUGGGUUCAGUCUCGGGGUUGGGAAGAUCCCCUAGAGAAGGAAAUGGCAACCCACUCCAGUACUCUUGCUGGGAAACUCCCACGGACAGAGGGGCCCGGUAGACUACAGUCCAUAGGAUCACAAAGGGUCAAACAUGACUAAGCGACCGAACACACAUACUGUUCUCCACAGUGGCUGUACCAAUUUACAUUCCCAUCAACAGUGUAGGAGGGUUCCCUUUUCUCCACACGCUCUCCAGCAUUUAUUGUUUAUAGAUUUUUUUGAUGAUGUCACACUUUCUGACCCAUGUGAUGUGAUACCUCACUGAAGUUUUGACUUGCAUUUCUCUAAUAAUUAGUGAUGUUGAACAGUUUGUCAUGUGCUUUUUGGCCAUCUGUGUGUCUUCUUAGUUAUUGUUCUGCGGUGUACAUAGGUUUAAAUGCUUAUUUUAUGGUAUGUAUAUUGGUUUUAUUUCUAAAAAUUAGGAAAUUACAUCUAAGCUUUAAAAUUUGAAAUGGUGCCAAACUUUAGUGUUCGUAGGCAACUCAAAUAUCUCUGCUUAGAGUCUCCAGCUGUGUCAUCAGAAUGAAAAAUUGAGAUGCUUCUGUCAUUUUAUUGCAGUGUAAUAUACAUUACAGGAGAAGAAAAUUACAGUUGAGUAGGCCUUAGCACCACUCAUAAUUCUUAGGAAAGAAAGCAGCAGAACCCUGGUACUGGGACCAAAGAAGAUAUGAUGUUACAUAGAUGAACUUGCCCUGACGGUGAAAUUCACCAGGGGGACAGAGAGGACCCAAGGCUGAGCCUUGUACCGGUAGAGGUGUGGCUUUGAGGGAAGGAGGGACACUGUCUGGGGUUAGGAUUUCAGUCUUUACUAAUCAGCCGCUACACCACAAUCCGUUUUCACUUGUAACUGGUCAACCCCAGGUAGCUCCUGUAACUCAGGUACUAGUGAUGAAUUGGUCCAAAAUAGAUCUGGUUCUCACUGAGAGCAGGUUUAUUCUUGUGACUUUCUGAAUAUAUUUGGUAACCUCCUGAAGGGACCAGUAGUCAACACUGGAACUCAAGGAGCUAGGAUUGCAAGGCCAGCUCUUUUACAAAUGCACUGUACUGUCCUGAGAAAAAUCACUUCACUUUGGGGGAGUCUCAUUUUCCCCACCUGCAAAAAACAGAGUUGGGGAAGACAAUCUUUAAGGCUGAUCCCCACUUUUAAGAUUUAAUGAUUUGCCUUCCACUAGGAACCCCCUUUUUAAAAACAAUUUUAAUUAAAAAAAUUUUAAUCUCAUUUUUAUUUUUGGCUGCGCUAGGUCUUUGUUGCUGCUCAGGCUUUUCCUCUAGUUGUGGUGCGCAGGUUUCUCACUGUGGGGGCUUCUCUUGUGGAACAUGGACUGUAGGGCACGCAAGCUUCAGAAGCUAUGGCAUGUGGGUGCAGUCGUUGUGGCUCCUGGCCUCUAGAGCCCAGGCUCAAUGGUUGUGGCACAGGAGCUUUAGUUGCUCUGAGGCGUAUGGGAUCUUCCCGGACCAGAGAUCGAACCAGUGUGUCCUGAACUGGCAGGUGGAUUCUUUACCACUGAGGCAUCAGGGAAGCCCUGAACCCGUUUUUACGUUAAUGAUCCAGCAUGCCUUCCCCACCUCACUGGUCACCCAGCUUCCAGGUGUUUAUGGGCUGUGGGAGCCCCUCAUUUCUCUUACAUGCUGUUUCUUAGGCAUGUAUUUGUUCUGUCUUGUCCUGCUAUUCAUUUUAAGUCUAAUAGCAGCUUGUCUAAUACAGGUAUGUAGACUAUGCUCAAGUCUGUGAAAAAUUUACCCACACAUUCGUGUUGUGUUCCCAGUAGUUAUCUCUUCGCUGAGUUCUUACAAAUAUUAUUUCUGAUAUUGCCUUGGAAGAUUAAACUUACAUCAUAAAAAAUUGCAUUGUCUAGAAAUGCAAAUCAAAAAUACUGUAAGAUAUCACCUUACACCAUUGAUACAGUGAUUACCUAUUUAAAAAAACCCAGAAAAUAAAUGAAAUAAAUGUUGGCUAGAAUGUGAAGAAAUUGGAAUCCUUAUGUUGGGAUUGUAAAAUGGUGCAGUUACGGAACAGUUUGGAGGUUCCUCAAAAGAUUAAAAUAGAAUUACCGUACGAUCUUGCAGUUCCACUUCUGAGUAUAUAUCCGAAAGAGUUGCAAGCAGAGUCUCAAGAGAGAUUUGUGCACCCAAGUUCACAGAAGCAGUAGUUCCAACAUCCAAGAGGUGGAAGCAACCCAAGUGUCUAUCAACAGAUGACUGGAUAAACAAAAUAUGCUACAUACAUAGAGUGGAAUAUUAUUCAGCCCCACAAAGGAAGUGAAAUCCUGUCAACAUGGGUGAACUUGAGGGUAUUAUGCUAAGUGAAAUGAACCAGUUACAAGAAGACAAACACUAUAUAAUUCCACAUAUAUGAGAUACCUAGUCAGAUUUAAAGAAACAGACAGAAGAAUGUUGGUUAGCAGGGCCCAGGGGGAAGGAGAAACUGGGGAGUUGUUGUUUAAUGGCUACAAAGCUUCAGUUUUGCAAAAUGAAGUAGUUGUAGAGAUUGCCCCAGAGGGAGCAGCCUGCAGGCUGGGGCUGGACCAGACCAACCCUGUGCUUACAGAAAUCACUCACAUUGAUGAGGGGGGGGCAGACGGAUGGAGAAGGGGACAAGGGUAAGGGAAAAGGAGCAUUUGCUGUAAAUGACUUUUGCUUUCAUUUUAGCCACGUAAACAGGAGGAUUCCUAUUUCUACAAUU